AUGCAGGGAACGGUGACGGAGAAGCCGUCCUUCGACGGCCAGCAGGCGGCACAAAGGCUUCGAGAGGCCAUGAAGGGAUUCGGCACCGACGAACAGGCGUUGAUCGAUGCCAUCUGCGAGCACAACAAUCAACAACGUCAGAUCAUCCGAAGCAAGUACCAGGCCCUCUUCGGACGGGAUUUGUUAGAGGACAUUAAGAAGGAGACAGGAGGACGAUUCGAGGACGUGCUGGUGGCCCUACUCAUGCCCUCGACCGAGUACUUGGCAAGUUGCCUCAAAGACGCCUUCAAGGGAAUAGGGACGGACGAGGAUGCGGUCAUCGAGCUUCUCUGCUCUCGAGCUCCGGCCGAGAUCAAGGCUAUCAAGAAGGCCUAUCAAGAAAAGUACGGUGACUCGUUGGAGGAUAAGGUGCAGAGCGAGCUGACUGGGACGCUUUGCAAGGUCGUUCUCUCUCUCUUGGCUGGCUCGAGGGAUCAGUCCAAGACGGUGAACGAGGGACAAGUCCAGCAGGACGUCGCCGAUCUGAUAGCAGCUGGAGUGGCCCAAUGGGGGACAGAUGAGUCUGUCUUCAACGUGAUUCUCUGUAACCGAUCCUUCCCGCAUCUCCAACGCCUCUUCCAGCGAUACGUGCAGGAAACCGGGAGCAACCUCACCGAUGACAUUUCAAGGGAAUUCUCUGGACACGCACAGGCUGCUCUCCUCGCUAUCGUGCAAUCGGCCCUGGACGUCCCGACGUUCUUCGCCCAGAAACUCCAGCAUGCCCUCGGAGGCCUCGGGACCAAGGACAACAUCGUGAUCCGAAUCCUCGUCUCCCGAUCCGAGAUGGACCUGCGGGACAUCAAGGUUCGCUACGAGGCGAUGUUCGAACGCUCCCUCGCGGAGGCCAUUCGUAAGGACAUGAGCGGCGACUACGAGAAAGUCCUUCUGCGCAUCCUGGGUGAAGCUUGAACGACCUUCGAUGACCUUCGAUGUCCUUCGACGACCUUCGUAUGCAUAAUCUCUCGUGGAACCCUGUCGUGCGAUCCGAUGGUGAUGCCCUCGGGGACCGAGCGGUCGCGAAGAACUACGUAGGAAAGCGAACUUGGGACACCGAACUCCCCCACUCUAUUCCUGUCUACUGCUGAACCUUUGAACGUACCGUCACAGGUGGUAAUGGCAAAAUCAGUAGCGUGUCCUGAAAAUCUCAAUAGGGGGGGGGGGGGGGGUUGACGUAUGAAAAAUUGGUAACCUACCCUGUAUUUAUGGCUAAAUUUAAAAUUUUUUUGAGAAAUGAACCUGUAAAAUAUAUCCCAAGAGGGGGGGGGAGGGUUAUGACCCUUAAACCCCCUUGGGCACGCCACUGGGCAAAAUAAGAGCGGGGAGGAGAAAAGGAUUCCUGGAAGCAGUGCCCGUGGGGAAGGCCCUGGCAGGUUGGAAUCGGUAGAUAUCUACUCUCACGACCUGGCAGUCAUGACUUACAGAAGAGACGACGAUCAUCACCUUUCUAUCUAAGCUUCUUGGUCACAUUAGUAAAAUUUCGGGUUCAUUUUUUAAUAGUAAACCUGGCCCUAGAUGAAGGUUUUCGAAAACCAAAUAGACGUUAAGUAUAUCACUCUUAGAGAAUCUUAAGAAUUUUGGUGAAGUCCGGAGCAGCGACACACCCACGAACGCUGGCGAAAGCCUGGUGUUGAUACGGAGACACGCUUCCGGUUGUUCGCAUGAAGGAGCUUCGUUUCUCAUUUCGCUCAGCGAAAAUUCACUAGCCUCUCCUCAACCUAACGCCAUGUAACCGUCGUUCGAGCCGAGGGUGGACGGGAUACUCGCCCUGAAGGCAAGGCCAUCAGGUAGCACGGAAAGGGUUUUCGAUCGAAUCAAACAUCGUGUAGACAUUUCUUUUGCUAAUAUUCAUGUUGCUUCCAAGUUCUUUUUUCAAUGGUAGAAAUUUUGGUUUGUAUAAAUUUUUUUGAAGUGCCUUCUUGAA